AUGGUCCUUCUCUUCCUCCCUCCUGGUCCUGGCCCGCGCCCCACAUCACCCGUCAGCUUCCCGUGUGACCUGCCCGCCUGGAUUUUCCUGCAGAAGUCUCUCCGGGAGCCCGCUGCGCCGGAAGUUCUGCCUGGUUCAACAGCGGGACAGGAAGGGUGCGCGGCGCCAAGUCCGCCUGCCUCCCCGGGGCGGCCCCUGAGGCCGUUCUGUCAGUGUUUCUUUCCAGAAAAGCCCCCAGGCACGCGGUGUGCUUGGCCGGCCAUCUUGUACCCGUGGCGCCUGGACGUCCACCGGCUCUCCCAGCGCCUGCCGGCUGCACCGCCCUUCUCCGUUCACUGGGCGCUUUGCUUUUCAGCUGCUUUGGACAGUCCGGGUCUGGGUGUAUCUUCGCAGACACUGGCAGACGAAGAUGUGUGUGUGUUUAAGUGCUCGGUGUCCCGGGAGACGGAGUGCAGCCGCGUGGGCAAGCAGUCCUUCAUCAUCACCCUGGGCUGCAACAGCGUCCUCAUCCAGUUCGCCACACCAAACGAUUUCUGUUCCUUCUAUAACAUCUUGAAAACCUGUCGGGGCCACACCCUGGAGCGGUCGGUGUUCAGCGAGCGCACAGAGGAGUCCUCUGCCGUGCAGUAUUUCCAGUUCUAUGGCUACCUGUCCCAGCAGCAGAACAUGAUGCAGGACUACGUGCGGACGGGCACCUACCAGCGCGCCAUCCUGCAGAACCACACAGACUUCAAGGACAAGAUCGUUCUUGACGUCGGCUGUGGCUCUGGGAUCCUCUCAUUUUUUGCCGCCCAAGCUGGAGCGAGGAAGAUCUAUGCAGUGGAGGCCAGCACCAUGGCCCAGCACGCAGAGGUCUUGGUGAAGAGUAACAACCUCACUGAGCGCAUCGUGGUCAUCCCCGGGAAGGUGGAGGAAGUCUCGCUCCCUGAGCAGGUGGACAUCAUCAUCUCGGAGCCCAUGGGCUACAUGCUCUUCAAUGAGCGCAUGCUCGAGAGCUACCUCCAUGCCAAGAAGUACCUGAGGCCCGGGGGAAACAUGUUCCCCACCAUUGGUGACGUCCAUCUUGCACCCUUCACGGAUGAACAGCUCUACAUGGAGCAGUUCACCAAGGCCAACUUCUGGUACCAGCCAUCCUUCCAUGGAGUGGACCUGUCAGCCCUCCGAGGUGCUGCGGUGGACGAGUAUUUCCGGCAGCCUGUGGUGGACACAUUUGACAUCCGGAUCCUGAUGGCCAAGUCUGUCAAGUACACAGUGAACUUCUUAGAAGCCAAAGAAGGAGAUUUGCACAGGAUAGAAAUCCCAUUCAAAUUCCACAUGCUGCAUUCCGGGCUAGUUCACGGUCUGGCUUUCUGGUUUGAUGUCGCCUUCAUCGGCUCCAUAAUGACAGUGUGGCUAUCCACAGCCCCGACGGAGCCCCUGACCCACUGGUACCAGGUCCGCUGCCUGUUCCAGUCACCACUGUUCGCCAAGGCCGGGGACACGCUCUCAGGGACAUGUCUGCUUAUUGCCAACAAAAGACAGAGCUAUGACAUCAGUAUUGUGGCCCAGGUAGACCAGACGGGCUCCAAAUCCAGUAACCUCCUGGACCUGAAAAACCCCUUCUUCAGAUACACAGGCACGACGCCGUCGCCCCCGCCCGGCUCCCACUACACGUCCCCCUCGGAGAACAUGUGGAACACGGGCAGCACCUACAACCUCAGCAGUGGGAUGGCUGUGGCCGGGAUGCCGACCGCCUACGACCUGAGCAGUGUUAUUGCCGGUGGCUCCAGCGUGGGCCACAACAACCUGAUUCCUUUAGCCAACACGGGGAUUGUCAAUCACACCCACUCCCGGAUGGGCUCCAUAAUGAGCACGGGGAUUGUCCAAGGGUCGUCGGGCGCCCAGGGCAGCGGUGGCGGCGGCUCCAGCGCCCACUACGCAGUCAACAGCCAGUUCACCAUGGGCGGCCCCGCCAUCUCCAUGGCCUCCCCCAUGUCCAUCCCGACCAACACCAUGCACUAUGGGAGCUAGGCCCCUCUGGCGCGCAACAGACUGACAGCACCAGGAAACCAAAUGAAGACCCUGCCCACCCCCCCCACCCCCGCCUGGGCGGCUUUCACCCCUGGGCCGGAGAAGCCCAAACACCCGGUCACGGCCCUCUUUGCUAUGGGAACUUGGACACUUUUUUACACAACAUUGCCGCCGCCGCCCCCACUCCACCGCCCACCCGCAUCUUGGCCCUGAGCGCGUGUCGCUGCCAGAUUUUACACAAGAUCCUGUCGUGGGAGCCGUUUUCCCCUCCUGCCCUCCCCCCUGACCUGGGUUUGACAUCUUCUGUAACAGGCAUGUCCAGGCCUGACAGCUGCAGGCCCGGCGGGGAGGGGCGGGGUGGGGGGAGUAGCUACCACCCCACCUGGUCCCUUGGCGCCUGCCCCCCCUCCCCCGCCUGUCUCCAGUGGGGAAGGCAGUCCUGACUGGGCGGGGCCUUCCCUUCAACUACCAGGCCUUGGUCACAAUGGGCGUGACAUGCUGCUUUUUUUAAUUUUAUUUUUUUACGAGAAGAACCAGUGUCAAUCCACAGACCCUCUGAGAAAACCAGGCCGGCCGGGCCGAGCCAGCAGCCCCUCUCCCCCCACUCAGAGGCUCAGUGGUGAGGGGCAGCCCUGCCGAGUCUUCAGGACAGGGGUGGGGCCAGGCCUCUGGAGACCCGAGGCCCCCUCCCACCAAAGGGUUCACCUCACACUUGAAUGUACAACCCACCCCGGCUGUCGGGAAGGCCCUCCGUCCUCGGCCCCUGCCUCUUGCUGCUGUCUUGUCCCUGAGCCCCUGCAGGUCCCCUCCCCUACCCCUGCCAAGAGUUAGAACAGGUGGCCCCGCGGGCCCCAGGCCUGGAGGGAAGGGUCACUGUCAGCCGCUUGGGGCAGACAUGAGAAACCUCAAGGAUCCAUCGUGGAAGGCGUCCUUUCUCCUUGUAGCUCACAUUAGGCCUGUGUAUUUCCCUCAACAUUCGUAGACGCUCCAGUCCCUAUUACUAUGAUGGCAUUUUGGUCCCUCCCCAGCCUGGGAAGGGGCCUUGCAGGGACCUCCGCCCCCCCCAAAACAAAUAAACAAGGAAAUGUAUGUUUCAGCAGAGGCAAUGUUCUUCUACUUCUCCCCCUGCCCCCCAUUUUCUAACACCUCCGAACACGGAUGUGGUGGAGCUCAAGCUAGGCCCCGGGACCUGCUCCGUGGGCACCCAGGAGGAGCAGGCCCAGUUGAGGCUGGGGUGACCCCCUCUGCUCUCCCGACCGUCCCAUCAGGGAAAGCAGAAGGCCUGGCAGGGAGCCUGGGGGGGGGGGGGGGCGACAGCCACCGCGGAGGCUCCCUGCUCAGCUGCCCCUUUCCCACCUUUAUAUAAAUUCUCGGAAUCAUCUUUGCAUAGAAAAUAAAAGUGUUUGCUUUGUAA